GUGUUACCUUAUGUCAUUUCUUCUGUAGCACCCGACUAGUCGACUUGAAUAUUUAUUGUGAUUGUAGAAGCUGGGUCUAAUAUUCUCCGGAAUGAUGCAUUCAUGGAUGAUUCCUAUCGUCUUAUCAGCUGUUUUUCUCCAGAUCAAGGAAACUGUAGCACCCUCGCUUGGUGCACCUGGCAACGUUUAUCAACUCAGUUCCGGAAGCUCUAAUGGGGGAAAGGAUAGUGUUCUGGGUCAAUCAAAUGGUAAUGAGAUGGAGGUGAAAAGGAAAAUCAUCGAGUUUCUUGAGAAGAAAGAACGGGAACGUCAUUCUAACUGUGUGCCUAAUGUGAAACUUCCGGACAACAUUUACGUCCAAAAACAGCUUGUGAGAGGAACAAACUACAUUUUCAAAUGGACCGGUUUCAAUGUGGAUUUUAAUGAGGUGAAUUGUGGUAACAUGAAUAGAAAGGAGAAUGGGGAAUGCUCAGCUACUUAUAACAUUGUUGAAUGGAAACCUUCGGAAAACAAAUUUGUCCAUGAGCCAAGUUGUAAGGAAAAGCAACAAGCAAUGACGGACCAAAAAUAGUUGAGGAUAGAGGAGAAACUAUAAUUGAUCCAAAGUAGUAAGGCUGAUAUAAGUUAUAUAUAUAUAUAUAUAUAUACAGGGUGUCCCGGAACUCUCUACCAAUAUUUUAGGGAAUUGCUCCUGGGUAAGAAA